AUGGCACCAUUACCCAAACAUCUCACUGGCGACAAAGCUGCCAUUGAUGAAUUCAUCAACCAAUUCGACGUGUUCCUGUUUGAUUGCGAUGGAGUCCUAUGGUCUGGUGACCAUCUAUUUCCGGGAACAGUAGAGACCUUGGAAUUGUUAAGAUCCAGAGGGAAAAAGACCAUCUUCGUCACCAACAACUCUACGAAGUCUCGCGCCGAUUACCUGAAGAAGCUUACAUCAAUGGGCAUCCCGAGCAAUGUCGACGAAAUCUUCGCAUCCGCAUACUCCUCUGCCAUCUAUAUUUCGAGAAUCAUGAAGCUCCCAGCGCCUAAGAACAAGGUAUUUGUGAUUGGAGAAGCCGGAAUCGAGACUGAAUUGCGCUCGGAAGGCGUAGAGUUCCUUGGAGGUACCGAUCCAGCUUUGAGAAGGGAUAUAACACCAGAAGAUUAUACCAAUAUUGCCAAUGGCUCCAUGCUUGAUGAGAAUGUGGGCAUCGUGUUGGCAGGAUUGGAUUUCCACAUCAACUAUUUGAAACUCUCUCUGGGAUAUCAAUAUCUUGCUCGGGGAGCGAAAUUCCUGGCAACCAACCUCGACAGCACUCUGCCAUCUGCCAAAACCUUCUUUCCCGGAGCGGGCUCGAUAUCGGUUCCUCUGAUCAACAUGACUGGACAGCAACCGAUUGCGCUCGGCAAACCCAGUCAGGCGAUGAUGGAUUCCAUCGAAGGCAAAUUUCAUUUUGAUCGGAAGAAGGCUUGCAUGGUGGGUGAUCGACUAGAUACCGAUAUUCAAUUUGGACUCGAGGGCAAACUGGGAGGUACUCUGGCGGUCCUGACUGGUGUUAGCAGAAAAGAACAGUGGGAGGUUGAGGAUGCACCGGUGGUGCCUCACUACUACGUGGAUAAGCUGAGCGAUUUGAGCGGGUAA